AUGAAGACUUCUCCUAACAUGUUUCUUCUACUCCAGUUAACACUCAUCUUCCUCUCUUUCAUAUACUUCUCUAAAUCAAACGCUUCAAACGAUUUAUCCUGCCACCCCAAUGAUAAAGCUGCUCUCCUCAAAAUAAGAGACCAUUUCGGCGGCCCUAACGGACCCCUAUCCGACUGGCACACCAAUGCAGACUGUUGUAUUGAUGACUGGAUCUCCGUCGGGUGCCUAGCCGAACAGCAAGGCAGCACAGUCGGUAGAGUCAUCGCUGUCACCUUCGGGAGUACUUUUGGUUUGUCUGGUACGAUUCCAGCUGAGUUCGGCGACCUCCCUUUCCUUGGAACACUUUGGUUAACGGGAGCUCUCAACAUAACUGGGCCAAUCCCUAACUCUUUCAGCAAACUCAAAAAAUUGCGAAGCCUCAAACUUAACUCCAACAACCUUAGUGGCCCGAUCCCCACCUUCCUAGGCCGGUUGAAGCGCUUAGAAGAGGUUGAUUUGUCUAACAACAAGUUAUCCGGUGUUAUUCCAGCGUCGCUCGCCACCCUACCGUCUCUCUCCCAGUUGAAUGUUAGCUCUAACCAUCUGUGUGGUGCGAUACCUACUGGGUUGAAGAAGUUGGAGAAGAGUAUGUUUGAGCAUAAUAAAUGCCUUUGUGGUGCACCUUUAGCAGCUUGCAAGUGA